CAAGAGGAGCAACUAGGUACGCUAUCAAGAUGCCAAAAGUUAAGUCGGCGAAGAAAUCCAGAGUCCACCAAGAAGUCCAGAAACAAGGACUAAACUUUAAUACAGGGCUUGGACAGCAUAUAUUGAAAAACCCCUUGAUCAUCACAAGCAUGGUAGAGAAGUCAGCCCUAAGACCCACGGAUGUGGUCCUUGAGGUAGGCCCUGGCACAGGAAACAUGACAGUCAAGCUUUUAGAGAAGUCAAAAAAGGUUAUAGCAUGUGAGAUUGAUCCAAGAAUGGCUGCAGAAUUACAGAAAAGGGUGCAGUGCACGCCUCUAUCAAGCAAACUACAAGUGGUUGUUGGUGAUGUUUUAAAAACAGAUCUACCUUAUUUUGAUGUAUGUGUUGCAAAUUUGCCGUAUCAGAUUUCCUCCCCAUUUGUCUUCAAGCUUCUUUUACAUAGACCCUUCUUCAGAUGUGCAAUACUGAUGUUUCAAAGAGAGUUUGCUCAGCGUCUGGUGGCUAAGCCAGGGGAUAAACUGUACUGUAGACUGUCCAUUAACACUCAGCUCCUGGCCAGAGUGGACCAUCUGAUCAAAGUUGGCAAAAACAAUUUCAGACCCCCACCUAAAGUAGAAUCCAGUGUUGUCAGAAUAGAGCCAAAAAUACCACCACCACCAAUCAACUUCCAGGAAUGGGAUGGUUUAACCAGGAUAUGUUUUUCUAGAAAAAAUAAAACCAUUGGAGCAGCUUUUAGGUUCUCAACAGUAUUAGAAAUGCUAGAGAAAAAUUACAAGAUACAUUGUUCUGUAAAAAAUAUUCCUCUUCCUCAAAAUUUUGAUAUAAAAGAAAAAGUGGAAAAUAUAAUUAUACAAAACGAUUAUGAGAAAAAGAGAGCAAGGACUAUGGACAUGGAUGAUUUCUUGGGGUUGCUUCAUGCCUUCAAUGCAGAGGGGAUUCAUUUUGCGUAACAAAAAGAAAAAUAAAGAAAAAAGAGGAAAACACUGCAGAAUUAGGCCUGACAUCACCAAGAUGUAUUGUGAUGAAGUAAGAUUUGACAAUAUGUACCUUCAUGAUGAAAGUACAUUUCAAAUAGGCCUGCUUUCCUUCAAACUUUGUACUGUAAUUAGUACUGAAGUUGGCAUCAGUACCAUGUAUGGGUAUCCUUACGUUACGGGUAUCCUUGCAUUCUGUUCAAUUUGAAUGAUUUUCCAUGCACAAGUUCUUCAGAGGACAAAGUUAUAAAACAGUUGCUGACCAUGUUACUAUCCUGGUAGUUAGCAAGUUAAAUUCAACUGACAGGGCUGGUUCAUGGGGCAGUGACAAGUGCCUGUCAGCAAUAAUGAAGGAACAAAGGAUACACUCGUGACAAAAGACUUAAAAUUUCAACUGAGCCAACUUGAUGAGAAUCAUCCAAGGCAGCAGUCUUGUGAGUUAGUGUAUAAUGAAGAGAGAUUUCGUGGAGUUUGGAGGAGAGUGGGGUCAGAAAUAAUGGCAGACUAGCUAGUUCAAUAUUCAGCAACAAAUAAAAGCUGACAGAAUUUAUCCACGUUUUUUUUUUUUUAAUCUCCAAGGUUCAGCAACAAAUAAAAGCUGACAGAAUUUAUCCACAGUUAUUUUUCAGUUUGUUUUCUCCAAAGGUCUUUAGAAUUACAGUCUUAUGUAUCUAUUGGCCAUACUUCUCUGAUUACUUUUGUAUUGCUUUCUAAGAUCACAUCCUUGGUGCAUAGUUCCACCUAUACAUUAUGUUACAUCCGGUGAAUCAAAACUGAGGGUCCGUGUAACAGCAAGUCCGCCCUCCAUUUACUUAUAAUGGUUGGGUUUAGCCUGACCUAAGUGUCAAAAUCUAGGCUUACCUGUUCAAAUGAAUGGGAAGCUGACUCUCUAUCAUGGGGGACUCUGUCACACCAGCAGUGAUUGUACAAUUAACAUUCAGAUGCCAAUUUCAACAAAGACAUACAUUCAAUGUGAUUGUAAUAGUUAAGGUUGCUUUGAAGGAAACCUAUGUAAAUAUGGAAAUGAAGUUCUUGUCUUGGUUAUUUAUCAACUAUAUGUUAAAAUGUAUUGUAAUAAAUGUUACGAAAACAACAUACAGAAUUU